GCUGUCCACAGAGAAAACUGAAAAGCUGCAUGCUGCCUCUUUUUAUAAAGAAAUGAAAUAAAUAAAUGAAAGUGGAGUUGCAUGUGCAGCAAUCAAAUUUGUGCAAGAGCAGGAUUGGCUCCCAUUGUGGGCAUGGACAGUGCCAACCUCUUUGCUCACCACACUGUCCUGACAGGGGCAGUGAUACUGCUGUUGGCAGGAUGUUAACGCUGACAUUGAUGUGCCAUCCCUGAUAACGUGCGCUCUCUGAAUUACGAGGGAUUAAAGACUCCAAAGUAUUUUGUGUGGGAGGGCAAGCACCACAAAAAUGAAGACGUGUUGCAAGAGCAGUCAGUGUCUCUUGUAAGGAAGGAUGCUUGUCGUGACCUGCUUGGCCUUCAGAGCCUAUGGAAAUCACAUGCACCUCUUCCCUCUGGAGGAGGGAUGGGGAAAAUUCACACACCUCCACAUACACUCCACCCUGUGUGAAAAACAACCACAGCAACCAGGAAUGCAAGAAAGCCUGCAAUCUCUGAACAGAUUACAAAAUUACUUUUUUUUCUUCUCAAUUGAAAGCAAUGUGGGUUGGCCGAGGAUGUUCUCUUGCACAUGCUGUAGACUGUUCUUCUAUAAAAGCCACUUGGCAUCAGUCAAAGGGGAGGUGCCUACCUCUGUGCUUCUGAGCUGAAGGGAAAUGGCGUUUGGUGGAACUCUGUGGAUGCUGAUAUUAUAUAUGAUCAUUUUCAUUCACUCCUUGCUGUUUGCACGAGGAGUUUAUUAUCAUUUUACAAGGAUCCACAUUCCUCCAGGAAUCACGCACAGCAGAAAAUUAUAUAUUUUUUCUUUUGCAUUGGGAUAUCUCCUUGAACUGGGAGUGUUUCUGGAAAAAAUGGGCAUUUGCCAUAGAUAUGUCAUCUGCAGGGCUGUGUACGAUGCCAUACCUACAAAGAAGGACUUAAACUUGAUCAGAAAGGACCUGGUUUUUGAUGGGGUGCCAGUGAGGGUGUACUGGCCCAAGACACCAGCUGCUGGGAACAGGAGAGGAAUCAUCUAUUUUCAUGGAGGCACUGGAAUCCUUGGAAGCAUUCGAGCCUGUGAAAACGUCUGCUGUUCCAUUGUCCACGAAAGUGAUUCAGUGGUUGUGAAUGUCGGAUUUCGUUUAGCACCUGAGCAUCCCUAUCCAGUCCCUGUGCUGGACUGCUUAACUGCUACAAUACACUUUCUGAAGAAUGCAAAGGAAUACGGAGUGGACCCCAACUACAUUGCCAUUGCUGGGGAGAGUAGCGGAGGCACAUUUGCUGCAGCUAUUUGUCAAGAACUGGUGACCAGAGAGGACCUCCCAAGAGUGCGAGCUCAGGUCCUCAUCAACCCAUUCCUACAACCAGGGGACUUUGAUUUGCCAUCCUAUCAGCAAAACCAAUCAGUUCCUCCCUUGUUCAGGAAACGAGUUAUCAAAUUUGGUUUAAGAUAUCUCACUGGGAAGGACAUGAACGUGGACCCAUUUAUAAAAGGUGCCCAUGUCCCUCCUGAUUUGAGAGAGAAAUACAAAAAAUGGAUAAGUGCUGAUAACAUUCCAGAAGAAUUUAAAGCUAGGGGCUAUGUUCCUGUAGAACCUGCUCCAUUUUCAAAAGAACUUUAUGAACAAGUUAAAAGAGGUACUGAGGCAAUGUUUGCCCCCCUUGUAGCGGAGGAUGACAUAAUCCGCCAGCUCCCAGAGACUUUCCUUCUAACUUGCGAGUAUGAUGUUCUCCGGGAUGAUGGGCUGUUGUACAAGAAGCGGUUAUUGGACAACGGUGUGCCAGUGACACAUCAUCAUCUUACAGAUGCAUGCCAUUCAACAAUUUGCUAUUUGGGUUGGGGGCCACUUGAAUUUCCCAGCUCAAAGAAAUGCUUGCAGCAUGUGGUACAGUUCUUGAAAGGUUUAUAUAGAUGAAUGACCUUCUUUGUCUUCCAAUGGCAGCCUUCCCUUUCUGUGGGGGGACAAUCCCCCUUUCCUAGUGUCCCAAUCCUAAAGUAAGAAGAAAAGGUCAGAUCCAAAAUUCUAUCCAGUCAGAUUUAUUAAAAUCACCAUGACAUCUGUAAGUACCUAAGCAAAGCCCUGCUGGAUUGGCCCACUUCAUCCAGCAUCCUGUUCUCACAGUGACCAAAAAGAGGCCUCUUGAGAUGCCUGCAAGCAGUACCUGGGUGCAAGAAAAGUAUUCCUACUUGUGAUUCCUAGCAAGCAGCAUGCAGUGGCUUACAGCCUACAAUUGUGCAAACGUACCUAUAGCCUCCUCCAUGAAUUGGCCUGAUCCUCUUUUAAAGCCAUCCAACUGGGUCACCAAGUUAGCUCAUUCCAUUGACUAACUGUUGCUUCAAAAUAUUUGAAAGAUUUAGCAGUAACAGAGGAGCUCCUCUGCAAUAAACUAGACCGAUCUAAGCCCUUGUGAAUGAUAUGAACUCAUUUAAUUACACCAACAUUAGACAGGAUUAUAGUGAAACUGAAGGGUGGGAAUAUAUUUACCCUUCAAAAUUAGGGCCAUGAUACCUGAAGUAUCUUUCUAUAUGUACCUCUUCCGACCAGAUGUGUACACCUGAAAGCAGACUGGGAUCUACAAAGAGGGUGAGGGACUGAUGAGAUAUGGUUCUGCUGCACAGCCCCAAGCUAUGUCCCCACAGCUAUUGUCAGCACUAACCAAAGUUUCCAGAACAUUUUGAAGGUCACCUUCAUGUGGAACCCAUUGCAGUAAUCCA